GCCAAAACACUUUGGGUUGUUUAAUAAAGUUUACGCUUUCUCGAUUUUUUAGUUUUUCCAGUUUAUCCUGUUUAUAAUGGAUAUUUCACAAAUGAAUAACAUAUAUGAAGAAUUAAAAGCCCUUCAAGAAGAGUUUAAGUGUUGUAUAUGCAACAAACGUUGCCAGGAUCCUGUGAGGGUGAAAGUGUGUGGUCACUAUUUCUGUCAUCAGUGUUUGUAUCUUAAGAAAGGUCUUUAUUCUUGCCCAGAAUGUAAUAUGUACUAUGAGGAUAGAGACACUGAAACUAAUAACAUUGUACGCACAACACAUAACAUAUUGGCAGAUCUUGAAGUAUGUUUGAAGAACAUAAUUGAUAAUAACCAUUCUAGGAGCCAUUUUACUAUAAUUGAUAUUGAAAACCAUUCUGAUGGGGAGACUAGAGUAGUAGAUAAGAUAAAUAUUCCAGAAUACAAUAUAGACACACCAGAAGGUGAUAUUUUGGCACAUAACAACAAAAAGUAUAAAAUUAUAUUCAUUGAAGGACUAGAAAAAGUCAAUGCCAAAGGUGAAACACCUUUGCAUAUUGCUUGUAAGAAAAAGAAACAAAAAAAUAGAGAAUUUAUCGAAUUACUGGAAAAGGGAGUAGACAUUAAUGCUCAGGAUUUUGCUGGUUGGACGCCACUGGUAAAUGAUUUUUAUUGUUUAUACUAUAUAGUUAGACUAAUUCCAAGGAUUAUAUAUGACUACACAUACAUUCCCUACAUAUCCAACUGGGUUUGGAUGCAUGAAGCUGUUGAAAGUGGAAACAUGGAAAAUAUAGAAUAUUUGUUGAAUCAUGGAGCACUGAUAAAUACCCCAGGAGAAGACUAUACAACUCCAUUGCACAAAGCAGCAGUAUCACAAAACAUUGAUAUAAUAAAGUUAUUGUUGGAGCAUGGUGCAGACCAGGAAUUAAUAGACCUUCAUGGCAAGAAACCAGUUGAAUGUACAAUGGAUGAGGAUAUUCAGAAAAUAUUUAUCAACCCUCCAUCUUGUUUAGAGAGGGUAGAACACUUGUUCUGUAAUAAGAAAAUAGUUCCAUUUUGCUACUACAUUGAAAAUGAAUAUGAAAAUAAGCUGAAACAGUUGAAUAUCAAAAUUCAAAAUACAUAUGAUAAAAAAGUGACACACUUUAUAUUGAGAAGAACACACAAAUUAUCACUCAAGAUUUUAAUUGCAUUAUUAGAUGGAUGCACAAUUGUACCUCAGGAAUGGAUAGAUCAGUUUCUCAAAAAUGACCAUUUUAUCCCAAUUCCACAUUACUCAAUAAUUUUUAACAAAAAAUUGAAUGAAGGCAUCCAAAAAGCAUUGAUCUUCAAGUUAUUGAAGCUACCUAAACUCUUUGACCAACUGAAUUUCUACAUAUAUGGCCAUAAAAGUGUUAUUUUACUUUACAAUGUGAAGUUCAAUAAGGAUUCAUUGGGUAACCUGAUCAAAUCUGGUGGAGGAAAACUUCUACACAGAGCACCUACCCCAGGUACCUGUGACUCAGUUGUCAAGUACCCUUUUCAUGCUAGGAAUACUACUGCUUCCAAGUGCUGUAACUACAUAAUUUUUGAUGAAAAUAGCCCCCCAGAGCUAAGGUAUCAAAUGCCAGAGAUAAAACACAGAUCUUCAAAGUGGCUUGUUAACUGUAUUAUAAGUUACACACUAUUAGACUCACCUAAUGUAGUUUGAAUACAUUGAGAAAGUUAAACUUUCCAUAUCAAAUCAAUUCCUGAGUUUUGUUUAUUUUUUUGUUCACUAUAAGAUUAUAAUUUAUCCAUCAAUACAUAUUACAUCCAUAAAAUAUGCAUGUAUUUUUUGUAUCUAAUCAAGUCCGUUUCUGGCCAAUAGAAUUAUUUCAUCUCAAAUAGUUUCAGAAAUGAUAAUAAAAAAACAUUUUUAGAAAAGCCUCUUCAAAAGGCUGUAGCUCCCUUAUAAGCCAUAUUUCAACUAAAAACAAUUUCAUAUUUUUUUCUUAUGUUUGCUUAUGGCACCGAUUGUCAUUGACAAUGUUUCUCCUAUAUACCGGGUGUUUCUCAAAAGGAGCUCACCCCUAUAACUUUGUUGAUUUUAUAAGUAAACAAAUGAAAUUCCGUGUGUAAGUAUUCCCGAGAUUCACGAAGUGGGCGACAUCUAGGUUACAUAAUACGAACUUCAAACUGGGGGAAAACAAACUGUUGUCUAUGGAUAAAGUUCAUAGACUACAUUGCAUUCAGUUUGCUGUAGCUGUAGUCAAACUUGUCAAUGACAUCAAGUGUUGGCACUAUUGGUAGUGAUGAUGGUUGAGUUGGUUAAUUUUUUUAAAUAUUACAUUUUUAUUAGUUUAGUGAACAGUGAACGGGUGAAGAAUUACAGAUAGUUCAAACAAUUCAAACUAAUUAUGAGGAGCAAAUCAAUUGACAUAUAAAAGAACAGCUACAACAUGUUCACAAUAUCCAGAUUGUCCUGCUUUGCAUGAACAAAUACAAAUUCAUUGUUCUACAGGAGUUCCUCUGGACCCCAACUUCAAUUUUACUUCAUGUGCAAAAAUGUGCCUUUUGUUGAAGUCUUCUGCCUCACACAAAAUCACAUGAUUAGCUCUGAGAACUGCACGCCGAAUUUCAUUUGUUUUUCUAUAUAAACUAAAAAUGUAUAGGGGUGAGCAACUUUUGAGAAACACCCGGUAUUUUAUGGAGUUAUCAAAUGUUAAAUGUGAAUUUCAAGAUAUAUCCUUGCCAGGUCAUUGCACUUUUCAGGAGCUCUUGGUCUCCCUAUACCAUAAUGACAACAUGAAGAAUUGAUAAAUUAGUUAUUUUUGUAUCUAGAGCGUGAAAUGCUACUUUGGUGAUCGAGAUCUGAUUUUUUCAACGAGGCGUAGCCCAGUUGAAAAAAAGGUCGAGAUGACCAAAGUAUUUCGCUCUCGAGUUGCAAACAACAUGUUUUUUACAAACGUCAAAAAAUAUAGUUCUAAAGUAAAAAUAUGCUCAGCUUGAUAUAAAAAAUAGUGUUGAACUGGCUUAAAAGACCUCUCCCUAUCCUCCCUAGGUACGCACGAUGUUCCACGAACAUAAUAGAAAUUUCCUUUCGUGCGCUCCAAGAGAUAAAACAAAGUUAUUGUUGAACAUUCAGAAAUAUAUGAUUUCGUUGAUGUUUG